AUGUCGCAGUGCGCAGCUGUCACGACAAGGCGAUCGCCGGUGCUGCGGGCACGGGGGCCUUCCCCCCACCCACUCGUUGCCACCGCGCUCGUUGCUCUCUGUAUUUGGCUUCAGCACACGGCCCCUGCCGCAGCGCAAAGCGACAGCGACUACUACGAUGGCACAUACUAUUACCACGUCAUCUUCCGCAGCGCCCCGGGCGGUGGCGACUCGGUAGAUGGUCCCAGUGGAGUGGGCGUAUACGGUGUAGUCGGCUACGGCGGCGCCAUGGUCGGCGGCGGGGUCGUGUUCUCGGACAUGGGAGGCAGCGGCUCGGCCAUUCGCCAGAUCUCCAACGCAGGUUAUCUUUCCACCGUUGCCGGCAAUCUCAGAAAAAAAGGCAUCCAGGACGGCCCUUCCGCAGAGGCCCUCUUUGGCGGCAUCCCUACUGGUGACAGUCGUGCCAACUCCCUCGCGUACGGUAACGGCGGCUUCUACGUGGCCGAUACCCUGAACGACGCCCUUCGCUUCGUCAACGCCACGACGAACGUGACAACGACGAUUUUGAACGCGGAUACCCUGAAUACGCCAAACUCGCUUGCCGUUUCAAUCAUCAGCGACAAAACCUCCGUCUUCAUCUCCAAUACCGGCUACCAUAGUGUUCUCUAUAUUCCGAGCCUGGGCAGUCCGGUAGGGGAGGUGAACUUCACCAGCAACCCCUACUUCGUGCCAGGUGCGAUCACCGUUCUUCCCCAUCUCAGUCGCGCCUUCAUCAUGAACGCGACCUUGCAGAUGUACUGCUGGUCGUACAUCCAGCCCGGUUCUCAGUCGUGGAAGGUGAGCACGCCUCUCGCAGUCGACUUUGGUCGAAUCCUCCAAGGGAGCGAAGACGGUAACCAGGUGUUGUAUGUGACCACCAACGGCAGCACAAUCGCCAGUCUUGACGCGACAGCAUCGCCGGCCACCUCGCCAUCGCUGGUGCCGCAGAAAGUGAUCGACCUUGACACUUUGUUAAUCGGCGGUAAGAUUCAGCUCUUCUUCCAGCGUACCUCCGACAGCUGGUACAUCCUCACCACUACCCAGUUUUUGAUUGUCUCAGCGACCCCUAUCCAUCCGGAUGAGAGCAGCAGCAGCGGCAGCAGCAGCGAAGGCAUCCUUUCAGGUCGCCACAAAGGUAUUGCAGCCUUCCCUACAGCAGCCUUCCCCACCAACGACAGCUGCCUCAUGACCCAGGUCUACAACUGGAUGCGCAUCGACGCUACGGAGGCGUACAACACCGACGACUUUCUAAACGAGUUCGUGGUACCUCCAACGGACUUCGCGACGCUCGUGGGCGGCGACGUGAACGUUUCGGCGUGGUGCGGCAACAUUACCACCGACCGCAGCAACGACGGCACGAUUUUGAUUUUGAUAUUCUGGGGCCCGCGAGGCCACGACCCGUUGUACACGCAAGAUCGCUUGGCGAAAUCCCCGUGGAAAGGGACGCAAGCGUUUUUGAAAUCGCUGAAUAGCAGUGGCUGGAACCUUGCCCCCUUCUGCUUCUACAACUGCACCACCGGCUGUAAGACGAUCACGGCCCCCAAGUGCUCCGCGUACAACAUCGGAUCGGCGUGCGAUGACGUGUGCAAGGGUGCCAUCGCGUCCUCAGUGGUGAUAGCAGCAGCUGGCGUCGUGCUCCUUUUACUCAUGAUUGUUAGCCCAUCGAACAUCUUCACGGCGGUGGUAAUGGUGCCUAUCAUUUGA